AUGUGGUCAAGAUCUUUGGAUGACAUUGUCAUCUUGAGCAUGAUCUUACCGAUCGUGUUCAUAGCUUCUCUGGAUGUAGGGGAGGCAAGGCUGUGUUAUUCUCCGAGCAGAGAUUUCAGAGGUGUUUGUUUAAACAGACACAAUUGUGAAAACAUAUGCAUUGAAGAAGGCUUUGAAAGUGGCCUGUGCAAGGUAUUUGGAGGUAUUAAACGCAGAUGUUUGUGCUAUCAAUUAUGUACCCACGGUGGCAAACCUCCUCACGAUGGAGACGACGAUGAUGAUGGCGGUAGUACUGGUGGAGGAGGCGGUGAAGAUGGCGGUGACAGCGAUGGUGGUGAUGAUGGAGGAGACAAUGGUGGGGACUCUGGAGGAGAUGAUAAUGAAAUUACCACUAAUUUGGUUGAAGGUGUCGCCGACCAAGAUGGCGGUGAGAGUGGUGAAGAUGAAGGUGACACUGGCGGUGAUGCAGAUGGAGGUGACAGUGGCGGUGAUGUAGAUGGAGGUGAAGGAGAUGACACUGGCGAAGGAGGCGGUGAUGAUGGUGGUAGCACAGACAAAGACGGAGCCAGGAUGUAA